CCAUCUCAUUACCAACUACGGAUAUAAAAUCGGUUUUACUAAUAAAAAUAAAUAAAGAAAUUAUGAUAUAAAUUAGUGAUAAUCUUCUCAUUUUUUUUAUCUCAUCUGGAAUCAAACUACGGCAUCGCUCCUAACGUAUUUGUUCAGCGAUACUCCUAUGACACCCAUUCUUUAUACUUAAGUUUGUGUUUGAUGUUAUCACAUCCAAUAUUUAUGUAGUUAUUGCAAUGCACGAACAAAAAUGAUCGCUGAGUUGGUAUUUUCUGGAAAAUAUCAAUACCAGAAUGGACCUCAUCAAAAGUUCUAGUAAGGAAACACCCUGUAUUUCCCAAGAGCUUCUUGAUUUAUUCUUAUUUGUGUUGGCAACCAAACUUUUUGUACGGCAAUUGGCAAACAACCAGAUACAACCAAACAAUCAUGCGUCAGCUGUUCUUUUAUUUGUGUUAACAAUGCUCAGUGUUUGUUGAGCUGUGAAGUAUAUGGAGUCUCUUCAAGUUGCUAUUUAGCUUUGCUUCAGUUUACAUAUUUAAUCUGUGGUCUCGCCAUCAGGCUACCUAAUUGUUUAGAAUUUAUACUACAUCAUAUGAUUAUUGGUUCGAUAUUGUGUGUUUUCUCUCUUGUUAAAUAAAUCUUAUAUCUUAUUUAACAACAGAGAUGCUUUGUUGCCGCGUAUGAUACGAGAUAAGCCUUCUUAUCUAGUGGCAUUUUCUAUUAGUUCUCUAUGUUACGUAGUUGCUUUGCUUUUCUCCUUCUAGUAUCUUAAUAUUACUAUAUGACGUUACCUGAGGUCCAUACUGCUAAAAUAGGAAGCACUACUAAUCUGAUCGGGACAGACGUACUUGUGUGGAUAACAUUCUACUCAUGCAGUUGGUGGCUGUCCUAAUUAACUGGAGUUGGAUUUUUUUAACCAAUCUUAAGUAGCAGGUUAUUUAUCAUCAACCUAUGCUUUACUUUCCCUACGAUUUAACUGAAACAUGUUGAAUUGCACUAUUGACUAUUCCGUAGCUGUCUUCAGUCCUCUUUUCACGGUCUUAUUGGGUUUACCUUUAUAUGUUUGACUUGGAUGUGUAUCUCUUGUAUCACUAUUCCAUCAUUGUGUAUAUUUAACAGACUUAAGGGCAUCACUCUUUCAGCGUUAUGUUUACAUCAUAACCUAUGCUUCUCAUUUUCCUCUUGAACUGCAGUAUAACAACUGCACUUUUGCUAAUUUUCUAGCUGUUGCCAGCCCUCUUUUAUUGGUCCUGAUUAUUGGGUGGUUUUGUUUGUACUUGUUUGGUUUGGAUGUGCACCUUUUGGGUUACUCUUAUAUCGUCUUCUAUAUUUGACAGACUUAAAGGUACCACGCUUUCAGGUUACUUUUAGAUCAUAACCUAUGCUUUUUCUCCUUUUCAUGUCGAGUUUCAAUAUUUCCAAUUUGUUGGCUGUGCCAGCCUUUUUUUUUUCUUGGUCUUGCUUAUUGGGAAAACUUUCUUGUAUAUGAUUUGGUAGUUUAUCUCACUCUUCCAUCAUCGUGUAUAUUUAACAUCAACCUGCUUUUCUCCUUUUCUUGUUGAAUGCAGUAUUGUUACUUUCCUAGCUGGUGUUGCUUAUUGGGUGAUAUUUUUGUAUAUUUUUGGUUCGGAUGUGUUUAUUUUGGGUCACUCCAUCAUCGUGUAUAUUUAACAGACGUAAGGGUAUGACUCUUACAGCAUUAUUUUUGGAUCAGUUGACCAAUCCGUCUACCAAUUACUGAGUUGGCUUAUAUCUAGAGAGAGCGACAAGUUGUCCUGACCAUAUAAGUAUGAAUUGGAUCUUCUGGACAGGGACACUGUUGAGCACCACAGGAAUAUUAUGUUUAGCUGAGAGAUUAUAGUAAAUAACUUGAUGUCAGCCUGUUUGGGAUUCUGUUCAUCAGUCAUGAACGUAAGUCUCCGUGUUGUGUCAUUGCCUUGUCAUCAGCUAACACUGCAAUCAGUUUUUUUUUUUUUUUUGAAUUUACAAUUCUGGUUUCCAAUUGAAUCUUACUGAUAAUUUAAAAUAAUUUUUUUUCUGGAAUACACAGGAGAGUUGCGUAUCGUUGAAUUAAGUAGAAGAGGGUUUUAUACAAUAGGAACUACAAGCUCGGAGAAUUUAAAAUAAUUAGGAAACUGUUAUUUGAAAUACUCUUAUGCUGCUACAUAUUAGAAUUUAGCAAACCUACGUCUUUUUUUCCGAAAGCGGGGUACCCCAUUUCCAUUAUCAGAAUAAUAAAAUCAUCCACCGAACAAAGUUUAUACUACUUUAGACACGAAGCAAGAGGAUAAAAAAUCAUCCAAAAGAGAUGAAAGUAUCAUCAAUAGCGUGAAAAGGAAACGUACAAACUAAACAUUAGACCAUCACUAACAGACCAGAGCAUAACCAAAAUUAUCCAUAUAACCACAGCAACGAUAGAAGCACCUAUUGACUCCUCAUUCUCCUGGUCCAAUUGACAAACUGAUCAUCGUCCUGUAGACGCAACACGUGACCAAGGGGGCUUGGGGCAGCUGGUGCUGAGCCAACAUCGGGGACAUAGAUUGCAGCAGGUUAUGUGUACCACAGAUCAAAUAUUUCUUGCUCAUAUCUUUGAGAAGAUCUGUCUAAAGAUUUAACUGAAACACUAGGAUGACAGAUUAGUUUAUUCUCAAAACAUGCACUAUUUCUAGCUUUCCAAAUAGCCCAACAUAUGGCUGAAAAACCUAUUGCAAAAAAGGUUUUUAUCAAUGUUCGCCAAAGAUUCAAUUUAGAUAUAGUAAUGAGGUAUGAAACUAGAAAUAGUUCUAGCACCUAACCAGUUAGCCGCUAAACCCCAGACUUCCUUAGCAACAAACCUACGUCUUAUAAAUACCUAAGCAAACAAACUCCAACUGCAGAAGCAUAUUUGUAUUCCCAUUCUCUAAGUAAGACAUGGAAGGCACUAUCUUCAAUCUGACUGAGGGUGCGGUGAGGAGUCUUCUGUGCAAGCUGGGCUGCCUUCUCUCCCAUGAAAGUUGGUUGGUGCAGGGAGUCCGCAGAGAUGUGCAAUACAUCAAGGAUGAGCUUGAGAGUAUGAAUGCCUUCCUCCACACCCUCACCAUGUCGGAGGGCCAUGACGAUCCAGUGAGAAUCUGGAUGAAGCAAGUGAGGGAGAUUGCCUAUGACGCCGAGGAUUGCAUUGAUGAGUUCAUCCAUCAUCUCGGUGAGCCAUCAGGAAUGGGCUUUCUUCGACGGUUGAUCUGUAUGCUCGGCACGCUUGUCUGUCGCCGUCGCAUUGCCAUCCAACUACAAGAACUAAAGGCCCGUGCCCGGGAUGUUGGUGAGCGGCGCUCACGUUACGGGGUGGUGCUGCCAACUAAAGGCCCGUGCCCGGGAUUGCCGAGGAUUGCAUUGAUGAGUUCAUCCAUCAUCUCGGUGAGCCCACGACUCUUCAGGCAUGCAUCUCGUCACAUUGAUCCACAGUUGCACGCUCUCUUUACAGAGGAGGCUCAGCUGGUGGGCAUUGACGAGCCUAGGGAUGCACUUGCAAGCUGGCUGAUGGAAGAUGAUCCGCGGCUUCGUGUGCUGGCCAUUGUUGGAUUUGGCGGUCUCGGCAAGACCACACUGGCAAGGAUGGUGUGUGAGAGCCCAACGGUGAAAGGCGCUGAUUUUCACCUCUUUCCGUUGUUCAUUGUGUCACAGACCUUCAACAUCAGGACCCUGUUUCAGCACAUGAUAAGGGAGCUGAUCCAGCGGCCACACGAGGCAAUGGCAAUAGCGGGAGGCAAGCAUGGCCAUUUCCUAGAUGAAAACUUGGAGAAAAUCGAAAGGCUUGAGGUUGCAGAACUGGCUAAGAAGCUCAGGCGAUAUUUACAUGACAAAAGGUAUAUUAUGAUACUUGAUGACAUAUGGACCAUAUCAGCGUGGGACAGCAUCAGAUGUGUACUGCCUGACAAGAAGAUGGGUAGCAGGGUAAUAAUAACAACAAGGAAUGAAGAUGUGGCUAAAAGAUGCUGUUCUCAUCCUCAAGAUUGGAUUUACAAAAUCCAGCAAUUGUCAGAUUCUACAUCACGAGAACUAUUCUUCAAGAGGAUCUUUGGCUCUGCAGAUAAAUUACCAAAUGAUGAGUUGGAGGAAGUAUCAAAUUCCAUUUUGAAGAAAUGUGGAGGCUUGCCUUUAGCAAUAACGAGCAUCGGCAGCCUUCUCGCAAGCAAGACAAAUAGAACCAAGCAGGAGUGGCAGAAGGUUUGUGAUAACUUAGGCUCUGAACUUGAAAGUAAUCCUACUCUGGAAGGUGCAAAGCAAGUCUUGACCUUGAGCUAUGAUGAUCUACCCUACCAUCUGAGGGCUUGCUUCUUGUAUCUAAGCAUUUUCCCUGAAAGUUAUGUGAUCAAGAGGGGACCUUUGGUGAGAAGGUGGAUAGCUGAAGGUUUUGUUUGCCAAAGGCAUGGAUUAAGCAUGGAGGAGGUUGCAGAAAGUUACUUUGAUGAGUUUGUGGCCAGAAGCAUUGUGCAGCCUGUGAGAAUCGAUUGGAAUGGGAAAGUGAGGAGCUGCAGAGUUCAUGAGAUAAUGCUAGAAGUCAUCGUCUCCAAGUCACUUGAGGAGAACUUUGCAUCCUUCUUAUGUGACAAUGGAAGCACAUUGGUUUCCCAUGACAAAAUCCGUCGCCUAUCCAUCCACAGUAGUCACAAUUUGGUUCAAAAUAUAAGUGCCAGUGUAUCUCAUGUUCGCUCCUUCACAAUGUCAUCUUCUGUCGAGGAAGUCCCAUGCUUCUUUCCGCAGCUACGGCUGCUAAGAGUACUUGACAUGCAAGGCUGCAGUUGCUUGAGCAGCAAAACUCUGAAGUGUAUCUGCAAUUUUUUCCAGCUGAAGUACCUAAGCCUCAGAAAGACCAAUGUCUGCAAGUUACCACGGCGACUAGGAAAUCUGAAACACUUGGAGACGCUGGACAUUAGGGCAACACUGAUCAAGAAACUGCCAGACAGUGCAAAAAACCUCUGUUGUAUAAAGCAUCUGUUAGUUGGGCACAAGGUACACCUUACAAGGAUGGCCAGCGUGAAGUACUUAAACCCUUGCUCAGGUUUGGAGAUGGGUCCUGGGGUGAUCAAGAACAUGGCAGCUCUGCAAUCACUUGUCCAUAUAGUGGUCAAGGAGCAGUCUUUGGUGCUGUGGGAGAUUGGACUGCUGCAAAAGCUAAGGAAGCUUAAUGUUCUCUUCCACAAUGUGGAAGUGAACUGGAAGGCAUUCGUCGAGUCUUUGGGGAAAUUGGCAAGUUCUCUUCGCUCACUCUCCAUUCACAUUCUAGAUGAAAAGGAGCAUAGCUCAUCACUGGACAUUCUAGAUUCUGUAGAGUCACCUCCUCUACUCAUCACCAGUUUUAGCCUCACGGGCAAGUUGGAGAGUCUACCUCCUUGGAUAUCAUCGCUUCGAAGUGUGUCCAGGAUUACUCUUCGUAACACUGGACUCCAUGCCGAGGCCAUCAAAGUUCUUGGAGAUCUGCCAAAUCUGCUCUUGCUCAACCUCUAUCACAAGUCGUAUGCUGAUGGUGGCAUAAUUUUCCCCCACGGUAAAUUUGCAAAACUCAGCAUGUUCGUUAUGGAUGAUCCGGAGAACAUUGACAGGGUGCACUUCGAGGUGGGUUCAGUGCCAAAUCUUGAGAGGCUAACAUUGUCAUUCCUACGAGAACCAAAGGAUGGGAUUUCGGGUAUCGAGAAUCUCCAGAAGCUGAAGGAGAUAGAGUUCUUUGGAAACAUCAUAUUGUCAGUGGUGAAUAAAGUGGCAUCAUGCGUGAAGACACAUCCUAAUCAUCCUAGAGUUAUAUGUGACAAAAUGGAAUAUUGUAAUUGAGUAUGCUUAAGUAGAAAAUACAACAUUUAUCAGAACUCCGGAAGUUUGUUAAGUGUUCUGGAAGCAGAUAAUUAGGCAUGCCGCAUGCCUGUUCGUUGAAAAUAGUUUGAAUUGCUUUAACCAAUACAAUCGCAUGUAAGUAAGUUAAAAUGUGCUAUGAGUUAGUUUGCACCAUGGUUAGUGCCCCUUUCUGGUAAGUGAAAUCUUGAUGGUAA